AUGCGUGGGCCCGCGAGAUGCCACGCGAAUGUAUCUCCUAAUUGGCAAAGGAUAAGGGCGCUAGUCGGUGGCAGGCGCGUCGCUUCGGCCGAGUGCCGCGCACUCGACGCAAUCCGUGCUCUAAGCGACGAGCGUUUGCGUCGUACGAAACAAAUCUUUCGGUUGUCCGCGUGCAACGAACUGCAGCUUACUAAGCUCAGCUCGACGCCUUGUGCCAUGCCGAAGGGCGAGGUCGUCUUGAGAUGCCGCGGAGGAAAUGUGAGGGCUGCAUUUACGUUAGACUAUUUUCCAAGUGGCAGGCAAUUAUGCCAUUUCUUUUUGCUGCAUGGCGAUGGAAUCGCUUGA